UAAUGUGAGGCCCAGGCCAAGGCCUUUCCCUGGAGCUAGCUCUGAAGUCAUGUGGCUCUGAUGCUCGUUGAUUAUUUAAACUUUUAAGUGUAACGUCCAGCAAUGGUCAGUUUUUAGGUACUGUUUGACCAUCCGACAUCUGGUCAAAAAGGAGACACGAGACUGCAUGUGUUCCCUUUAAAUCAGCCUGCCUCCAUCCCACCAGCUGGAACUCAGAGCCUGCAGCUCUGACAGAGAUAGUGAAAUUGUAACAACAACAUUCGCUCCUCAAGGUCCCUCACAGAACACCUUCUUAUCUAAGUCUCGUUGCUUCAGAAGAAAGAAGAUUUUAAAAUUAAAGAUGAACUUCCACAACUAAUAAAGUUAAAUAAUCAGUGAAUGAACAUUUGCUUUUGCUACUUAUUGAGCUUUUAAAGCACUCAAUUUACCAAUCCCUACAUAAGCAUUUCAUUGCACUUAAACAGAAGAGUUACAAAAAAAUUCACCCAACUCAGAAUUGUGAUGAAUGUAAACUAGAUCUAUUCAAUCUUAAAUGGUUUUUUGAACCAGGCUGUAAAUAUGUUUUUUUUCUGCUGUGAAAAUGGCAUUUUAACACAGGAGUCAAUGAGGAUUUGCUCACUUCUGGUGCCAACCUAUUUUUGACCCAAUCCUUUUACAACAAUCUCACAGAUUUGCCCAGUUACCAUAAUGGCUCUAUAAGAUAAAUGGUAAAUGGUAAAUGGCCUGUAUUUGAUAUAGCGCCUUCUAGAGUCCUGGAACCCCCCAAGGCGCUUUACAACACAAUCAGUCAUUCACCCAUUCACACACACAUUCACACACUGGUGGGGAUGAGCUACGAUGUAGCCACAGCUGCCCUGGGGCGCACUGACAGAGGCGAGGCUGCCGAGCACAGGUGCCACCGGUCCCUCCGACCGCCACCAGCAGGCAACGUGGGUUAAGUGUCUUGCCCAAGGACACAACGACAGCGACAGACUGAGCGGGGCUCGGACCUGCAACCUUCCGAUUACGGGGCGAGCACUUAACUCCUCAGCCACCGUCGAAAUAGUCCUGCUGUGUGUCACGAGUGCUUUGGUCGGUUUGGAAUGAUGCACCACUAUGAUCAUAAAUGUAAGGAUCUUCGACAUGUUGGAUUGUCUUGGUUUGAUUUCAAGGACAAACGAGCAUUCUGCCCUGUCGACCGUGACAUGCAGCCAAUCAGAAAUGGACAGAAGCACGCUGCACGCGCCACCUCCUCUGUUUGUUUUCUCUGAAGCCAUGUUUGAUCUUGUGAGGUUUUGCUAGACUUUCUGUCUGAUCAGGAAAUGUUUAUGAGCGAAAGUUGUCCGUGGGUAUGUUUUGCCGUGUUGUUGCACACUGUAGGACUAAAACUGUCAUAUAACAGGAUUUUUUACAUCACCAUUUUUUGGGAUCUCAUGUGAACCAGUUUUAUGCUAAUGUUAGGUCAACUGCGAGACAUUUUGAAUUCAAGCAUCUGCUCAAUGAAUAAGUAAAAACUUUCCACACAGAUGAUGUCUUAAACGUUUUCACAUCACAGAUCUUGUGACUGCGCUUUCAGCAUCAAAAGACCCCAUUUUUAUUGCUUAGAUCGGUCACAUUUCCACACCACUUUGCUUCUAAUUCAGAGAAUGUCACAGCAAAAUCGGUUAUGCGUGCUGAAUGAGCUGCUUUCCUGAAGUUACACACUAUUUGAGUACAUUCUCCAUCAUCAGAUGGAUGCUUUUGUCAGUUUUCGCCUUGGCAACACAAGCUUCUCAUUCAUCUGCGCAUUUUACUGCUUGGAGCUGCUUUUUAUUCGAGUCUGUUUUGCCAUCACUACUUAAUGUUUUGCUGUAUGUUUCUGCAAGGUCACAUUCCUUGCCUCCCAUGUCCGUCUGCACCAGACUCAACACCCCCCCGGCCCUGAGCGGCACCUCCCCUCUGACACAUUCUGCUUACUUCCUGUGUGAGGAAACCAGAGGUCAUGCGGUUUAUAUUUCACACCUGUAGCUCUGAAGUGAAACACGUUCUCCCUCAUUGAUAAUUAACUUCAUUUUUAACAUCACACUAUGAUAAAUCUGAAGAAUGACGUGUGCGGACACAUUUUGAUUUCCCGUUCGAUAAUCUAAAAUGAUAAUCAGAGGUUCCAAAAAUACCUUCUCUAAGACUGGAAAAGUGUCCCAGUGCUGAGCUUCUCCUUUCAUCCGCUCAGCUGUGGUCCGCUGAACAGGAAACCGUAGAAUGAAAGGGGAAUUUACAACAGGAAGUCGGCCUGCUGAACUCUGAGUUACAACAACAAGUCUUCCCUGCCCUGCCUGAGGAGGCAUUGUGUUAUCAUGUGUAGAUUGGCAUUUCAGCACUUUAGUAUGAGUGUCUAACAUCAUUGUUAUGUUUUAAAAAGCCCCACAGAGCUCCUCUGUUAUUUUCUGCCCUUCUACUUUUAGACUGCUCCACUUCCAAACUAAAGAGAAAUGAGAGAUUUGUGUUUUCUGUCUCUUUCAUCGUUCUGCUUUUCUUCAAAGAAGGGAUAAAAAAGACCGGAGGAUGUAAGAAAACUGCUUUUUCUGACUGUACUCAUACACUUUUUGAAUUGGCUGUACAAGUAUAAUGACGAUGAUGAGAUGAUGAGGCGUCCGUGCCACCCCGAGGCUGAUGAAUCUGUCUUGACUCAGCAGGCCUGGUCUGCUUGAUUGUUUUAUCCCUUCUGUUUGGUUGUCAGGGAGAGAAAUCUGAGGUGCCGGCUGCAAGAAGGAGCUAUUUAUAAAGCGUUCCUGUUUUCACAUUUUUACGUGUUUGAAUGGUUUACACGUCGCAAGUUCAGUUAUUUUUAUGCUUCCGGUCAGCUGCUUACCCAAGCGGCUGGGGUACGGAGAAAACUGCAAACAUAUUCUGAAUUCAGUUAAUAACCGAUGGGUGAUUACGAUUUUGGUGAUUCUUUGUUGUUUAAAAACAGAAAAUCAUAAGAAGGGAAAGAGUUUAGAGUUGGUAAUGAGUGAAAAAGCUGCAGGACCAAUGUUAGAUAGUUUGAUCAUCAUAACUGUGUCUGCACAGGCACACCCAGAUGUGCGUAGCUCUGAAAACUUUUUUGUGACAAUAAGCUGAAAAAUCUAAGUAGUUCAUUGUUUUUCACUGAAGAUCUGAUGAUAGCCCCUCAUGUUGUGUUUAUAUGCAGCGUUUGAAGUCCACCCAGAACCACCUCCCUGACUUUCCUGUCUUCGUUUGUGGGUCAGUGUGUCGUCAGGUAGCCCUUUCCCUGCUGUGGACACUGAUGUAUAGACAUCCUGCUGGCGUGCGAUGCUCUAGUUUGACAAAUUAGGCAUUUGGCAAGAAAUUCCUUCCUGAAUAAUAAGAACCUCGUUUUGCCUGUUUGUUUCUCUUGAUUCCCGCUUCGGGAGAUUUUGCUUUCAUACCCAGGUCACAGUCUAUCUGUUUGCCUCCUUUAUCGCAAACAAAAAGUUGAUUUUGAGUGUUUUGGAAUAAUAUCAUAUUCUUGGAAACAGUUGUUUGAUUCAGAUGUUAAUUUGUCCCAAAAAUUCAAAACAGGUGGCGGUAGAACGGUAAACAUACGUUCAGCCUUUGUUACAUCCAUGCCAGAGAGGUCCGUCUGCAACGGCGGAGCCACACACUAAACGGUUGUGAAAAAGUAAACAGAUGGAAAUCCAUCCUUAUCACUCUCAGUGAACCUUGGGAGACCAUAAAGUUAAUUGACCGUGAUGAGCACAAUGCUAUCAGCGAGCUGAAAUAAUCCUAUGCUGGUACAGUACCUUCACUUACUGGGGCAAUCAGCACGAUUGGCUCAUUUUGUCACGCGUGAAGCUUAGAGUGGAAUGUGGUGGAAGUCAGCCCGAACGGUACAUCCUGCUCACAAUCAGCGCAUUAAAAACCACACUCUGCUAAUUAGUUGCUAAACCUGAACAAAAGCACACAAGUCUGAUGGAUCUAUGAGGAAAAUUGACCUUUUUUGUAUCUGAGGUAGCUGGGGGAGGCAUGAAUUGUGAAUUCUAUCAAACAUUAGAAAUCUUUUUUCCUAAUUUCUGAGAUAUUUGGUUUUGGCUUCCUUGCUGGUUAUAGAAAUGAGGUUAUAUGGUAAAUGGCCUGUAUUUGAUAUAGUGCCUUCUAGAGUCCUGGAACCCCCCAAGGUGCAUUACAACACAACCAGUCAUUCACCCAUUCACACGCUGGUGGGGAUGAGCUACAUUGUAGCCACAGCUGCCCUGGGGCGCACUGACAGAGGCGAGGCUGCCAAGCUCUGGCGCCACCAGUCCCUCCGACCACCAGUAGCAGGCAAGGUGGCUUAAGUGUGUUGCCCAAGGACACAAUGACAGCGAAAAACUGAGCGGGGCUCGAACCCGCAACCUUCCGAUUAUGGGGCGAGCACUUAACUCCUGUGCCUCCGUCACCCUAUAAAGGCCUUUGUGUAAGGUACCACCAUCUUUUCUUGUUUUCAAUACAGAUAAAUGUUCUUGUGUCAUGGCCAGAAGAAUUGGACCCAAUUAUUCAGCCUACACACAGAAUGGAAAGAUCGGUGUGUGUGAUGGCGUGUUGUGGCGUGACUUCAAGUUGACUUGACUGGAUUUAAACUACAACUGGCUUCUAGGCCGCAUGUAGAAUUUAGAGGAUCUGUUACAAAGCAUGUGAUCAAACUUGAGACCACAGCUAAUGCAUUGAAUAAAAUGAGAGUGUGCCCAAUUUAAGCUACGUGCCAAUAUGUUGUGUGGUCACGGGUGUUUUCAUCCCAUUUUAGGGGGUACAGAGUCCUCCCCUCGAAAUUUGCAUUCAUGGACCCAUCUAGGUGUGUGAAGGGGGAAAGGCUGUUGUUGUUUUAGCAUCCAGAAGAGAGCAGAGAAUGUCUAAUAGAAGCUAACCGUUAGCAUUAGCGACUCCACAACACGGGGGUACUCCUUUAUGCUUUUGUUAGUCAGGGAGAUAAAACAUCAACGUGCAAAGUAAACAGUCAGUGGACAAUUUGCGUUGCUGUUAGCCAAUCAGAGGUGAGAUACUUUAAAAUCGUGAAUAAUAAUGAGUAAAACUCCAAAUUCUCGCAUUUCCUACCCCGCACUCCUCCGGUUACCUUUUAUUUCUUGAAACAGGCGCACCAGAGCUUUUUCCCCCCACAGAGUUUCAGAGACUCACAAAUCAUUCACCCUAUAAAUUUAUUGCUAAGAGCAUGACAUAUUAUUAUUGUCAUUCCAACUCCUCGUAACUCAAUGUUUACACUUAAAGAGCACCUCACCUCUAAACCAAUUAUUUUUUUGCUGAUAAACUAUUUAAAUGAGCGUCUAAUCGCGCUGUAGACACAUGUAGUCAAUAAUUUGGCAUUUAAGUGCAUCUUAGUUCAAAUUUAAAUAUUCUGCCUAAAACGGUCAGUGUUGUGCCAUCUUCAGGUAAAAACUCUGCACUGCAGUUGAAUAUAAAUCUGCCGUCACCUCUCGCUCUGCCAGGCAACAGCAUAUGUUGCAUUUUUCAAACAUGAAGUGAGAUCAGAGUAAGACUCUGGUAGGGGGUGACUUACUCUUUAAAUAUAAUCAGUAGUGUAGUUUUAGAUAUAUAUUCUACAACUUUAUGUUGUUUUCAGUUUUGUAACCGUUCACAUUUAUUUUGUAGCUUCCUACAAUGCAAAGACCUAGUUUGGAUGUCCUACAGAUGUGGUCUGGACAGACGGACUCAAUAUAGACACGAUCUGCACAUCCAUGUGACGUUGACUGUUUUCAGGGUUUUGUUCAGAUUUCAUUUUCUGCAGAUGUUUUAGUAACCCUGAAGUUUCUUUUGUUUUGUCUACGCGACUGUAAGCCUCUUGACGAAACCCAGAGAGUCGUAUUUGCCUAAUAAAAGCUAAAUCAGCUUUAUCGGAUCAGCUCAGCAACAGCAGUAAUGGAUUCCAUUGUGCUGCUUGUGGCCGUCUCAGUAGCUGAAGUGUUUUGUUACAUAAUGCACGCAGCACAUUUGUGCUUCUCGGAGCUUAAUUGAGCUCGUGUUUUAUUUUGGUUCUGUUCUAACCUUAAUGCGUCUAAUAGAUGUGCAUGCCACCGGCGUUUAAAGUUACAUUGUUAAAGUUACGUUUCUUUACUCAUCCAGACUGCUCUUCCCUUUGGUCUUAGUUGCUAUGAAGUUUCCUCCAAUUCUGCCCUUUGGUUCGACAUCUGUAGUUUCAAAAGGACCCGGACUAGCCGGUUGCCUCGGCAAUGGCUUAGGUAACUGGCAUGGAGGCUGCCUACGUCUAGACAAGGUGGGGUUGUUAAGUGGAAAGGAUGUGAAGAGGAAGGUGUCAAAGAAGAGAGGCAGAGAAAAAGAGAAGGAUGGUUGAGAUGAAAUGCUGGUCAUGACUAUAAAGCACUCAGAUAAUCGGCGAGAGCUCUGAAGCUUGAGUUAAAAAGCACUUAGAUUCACACGCAAAUUAACUCUCUCUCGCUCACACACACACACACACACACACACACACACACACACACACUGGCAGAAUAGAAUAUGAGAACAUUGCAGCACUGGCUGGAUGUUGUCCCAGCAGUUACUGCACUAACGCUUGCUGCAGCAGACGGGAGCUUACAGUCAAACUGAACAGGGUGAGGAGGAGAGGAUGGUAGAAACAAGCCUGCUGCAGAGCCACAGAGAUGCCGACACCAGAAAGAGGAAGAAUUAGAUGGAAUUGAACAUGACGAGCAGCUGAAAGAGGUCGAUUUUUCAAAGGGCGUGAUUAAAAUCAGACUGAUCAGGACCAGAUGUGGGCUGGUGUCUGACGUAGGUAAGUUUAGGUGGAUGCUUGACGGUAUGUCUCGCUCUAUGAGGCUGCUGCUGCUACAGAGGUCAUUCGGUGAUCACAUCAGGUCUUCUACCUCCAAAGCUCUCGAUAUGUUCAGCAAGCCUUCCAGAGGAAGACGACUUGCAGAAAUUGAAGCCAAAGAGGCCUGUACCUGGCUCCGAGCUGCAGGAUUCCCACAGUACGCCCAACUUUAUGAAGAUUCCCAGUUUCCCAUCAACAUCUCUUCAGUCACCAGGGAUCAUGAUUUCCUCGAUCGGGAUGCUAUUGAAGCUCUCUGCAGGAGACUGAACACCCUCAACAAGUGUGCUCUAAUGAGACUGGAGAUAUCUCCGCAAAGGAAAAGAAGCGAAGACUCAGAUGAAGAUGAGCCUUGUGCCAUCAGUGGUCGCUGGACCUUCCAGAGGGACAGCAAGCGCUGGUCCCGCAUGGAGGAGCUGGAAGUUUUCUCUGCUUUUCCUCUGGACGCUGGUCAGCCCACGUUUAGUAAGGACCCCGGAUCCCAGAAAGGCAGGAUGACCCUGCAUGAGGGCAACAGCACCGAGAGCGUGCUAACUGACCUCAGCGAGCAACCUGAAGUUGGCUCCAUCCACAGCAGUGGGAGUGGAGGAAGAGGAGGGGAGAAGAGCCAUGGCGCUGCCCUGAGGAAUGAAGCUCUACCUGUUGGAGCCACCCGUGCAAGCUCUGUGGCCAGCAUGUGCUCAUCCUCUGGCACGGGAGGCUCAGGAGGCCCCAACGAGGAUUCUCUGUCUGACGGGCUUCCUCCAUCUCCUCUGGACAAUCUCAGACACUUCACCUUUGAUGUCAAAGCUGGAAUGGAGGGAGGAAGUCUGGACCGAGGAGGAGGCAGUGGCAAAAGUACGCGUUCAAGAGCUAAAAGUUUCCUGAAGAGGAUGGAGAGCCUGCGGCUUCGCAGCAGCGUCUCUUCCAAGAGAAAGAAGAAGGGGAGUACUGGUGGAGGGAAGCUGGAAAUCAGUGGCCCCGUCGCCAAACAGGGUCUAGAUGAAGACAAACUGAGGAGGCUGAACUGUGUGGACAUCUCAAGCAUCAACUUCAGUCACCACCGCAACCCCACUCAGACCAUGACUCUAAACCGGAACCGCUCUGUGUCCUACUCCACUCAGACCAGCAACGGCAGCACUGGGAGCACAGGGAGCAGCCAGUCCGAAGCCAGCAGCGGAAGUGCGGUGAGCACGCCGAGUCCGGUGACUCGAGCUCGCAGUCACAGUACGGCAGCGGGUUCCGGUAAAAGAGGAGGAAUGUACUUGGAAGGGUUUGAUCCUUUCAGCAUCCUCCAGCAAGCAGCCGACCAGCAGCCGCCUCCGCCCAAAUCAGCUCCACCCAUUCCCUGUCAAGCCAGUAAGGGGAUGUCAGUUCAUGAGCAGAACCGCAGGAACAACUGCAAGGAUCAAAGCAAGAGCAGGCAAGAUGAAGAGGAAGAUGCUGAUGAAGAGGGGGGCAUGAUCUUCUUCUAUUUACCUGAAGGCCACAAGCCGGGAACUUUCCCCACAGCCCUGCAGGACGGGAGUCCACGUAAUCACAGUGGGAGUGACAAGGGGGGCUCAGUGAUCCUCAGGGGACGGCAAAGCAGGCGCCAUCGUCGAGCGUCCUCGGGCUCCGUCGACAGCCGGCUCAGCUUUUACGACAACGUCCCCUUCACUGAGCGAGAGGAGGCAGAGGGGGAUGAACAGAAACUUGAGGAAGUGCUGCAGCAGGUCAGUGGCUUUGUGAACGCCUGGUCAGAGGUGGCGGCUGGUGAGGAGGAGGAGGAGGAGGAGGAGGAAGAAGAAGAGGAAGAAGAUGGAGACUCAGACUCAGCACUGGACUCGGCGUCGCCAUGCCCAUCUUCUCCUCUGCAGAACCAACUGGAAGAGACGGAGAACGGAAGUGACCAGGACAGCACAGGAAAUCCGCUGGGGGAGGCAGAGGACGGGAUGAGGGAGAGGAGAGAUUCAGGCGUGGGAGCAUCGCUGACGAGAACCAGCAGACCCCAGAAACUCCGCUGGCCGAGCUUCCAGAACUCCCACCGGCCCAGCUUGGCCUCCGCUCAGCUCCAGAUCUGCUGCCAGUCCUUGCUGCAGAUGAAUCUUCUGCAGAAGCUCUCGCUUCUGCAGCUCACCGCCCUGCUGGAGAAACACACCCCUACAAACAAACACGGCUUCAGCUGGGCUGUGCCAAAAUUCAUGAAACGAAUCAAAGUUCGUGACUACAAGGACCGGAAUGUGUUCGGUGUGCCGCUGCAGGUCAUCGUCCAGCGGACUGGCCAGCCCCUUCCUCAAGGGAUUCAGCAAGCUAUGCGCUAUUUACGCAACCACUGUCUGGACCAGGUGGGUCUCUUCAGGAAGUCUGGAGUUAAAUCUCGCAUCCAGGCUCUCCGUCAGAUGAACGAGGCGAGUGGCGCAGAAGGGGGAGGAGUCAACUACGAAGGCCAGUCGGCAUACGACGUUGCAGACAUGCUGAAGCAGUACUUCAGAGAUUUACCAGAACCUCUUCUCACAAGCAAACUGUCUGAGACCUUCCUCCAGAUCUACCAGUACAUGCCUAAAGAGCUGCGUCUUCAGGCGGCCCGCGCCGCCGUGCUGCUGCUGCCAGACGAGAACAGAGAGGCUCUGCGCACACUGCUGUGCCUCCUCAGCGACGUGACUGCGAGCGUGGCGGAGAACCAGAUGACCCCCACCAACCUGGCUGUCUGCCUGGCCCCGUCUCUCUUCCACCUCAACACCUUGCGUCGCAAGGAGAGCUCCUCGCCAAGGGUGAUGACCCGAAAGCAGACGCUGGGAAAGCCAGACCAGAGGGACCUGAACGAGAACCUGGCUGCCACUCACGGGCUCACACACAUGAUCCAGGAGUGCAGGAAACUCUUCAGGAUCCCUGAAGAAAUGAGCCGCUGCAGGAACUCGUACGUGGAGCAGGCCCUGCUGCCCCAGCGCUUAGAGGAGCUCGCAGGUGAAGAGGCGGAGCGAGGGGGAUACCGGGCCUACCUGCAGGACAGCUUAGACACGCUCCUUAAAGAGGCCAAAGACAAGUUCAAAGGUUACGACAGCUGCUCCACGCCCGAGCAUGCCGAGCUGUCCUACAGGAAGGUGCAGGAUGGAUUCCCACUGCGGCUCUGGAAAGUGACUGUAGAAAUUCCUGCGAGUCCCGAGGAAGUCCUGACCCGAGUGCUGAGAGAGCAGGGCCAGUGGGACGAGGACCUGCUGGAAAGCCGAGUAGUGGAAACCCUUGAGGAGCGGACAGAGAUCUACCAUUAUGUCAGGAACACCAUGGCUCCCCAUCCCACCAGAGAACACCUGGUGCUCAGAACAUGGCUGACUGACCUGCCUAAGGGUGCGUGUGCUCUUGUGUGUACAUCUGUGGAGCAUGACGGGGUACCAGUGGUGGGGGUACGAGCCAACGUUCUCACGUCACGCUACUUCGUCGAACCCUGUGGAGCCAACAAAUCCAGACUCACCCAUAUCUCCAGAAUAGACCUCAGGGGUCGUUUCCCUGAGUGGUACAACAAACUGUACGGUCACAUGUGUGCUGCUGAGGUGGCGCGAAUACGGGACUCGUUCUCUGUUCCCGUGGACAAAUAACAAGGCGGCGAGCAAUUUCUUGGAUUGAAAUUGUGUGUUUUUUUGUUUUGUUUUUUUUUUUUCCCAGCAGACUGAGACAAAGCCUGGAGGCUGGAUUGAAGGACGUGUUUGGCACAGGUCAAAACAGACUAACUGUUCAGUUGGGACUGAAAAGAGAGAUUUAUCUUGACCUGGGGACAUGAUGUUGCUGAUACAGGACGUAUGGUUUGGACUUUAUCUAAAGCGAUGAUAUUGCUUCUGAGAAGCAAAGGGAGAUCUAAGGUAUGAGUGAGCUUGUGUGUGCGUGUGUGUGAGAAAAGCAACUCUAUAUCUGCAAUGUUGGUCUACAGGUGGAAAAACAGUGUGUACAUAAAGUAUUCUGGUCACACGGUGUCUGUUAAUGUUUGCCUUGUGUUACCUCUGGGCCCCUUUUUCUGUUACAGCAAGGCACAGGAGGAACCGUAGACGUUAUUACAGCGAGCUGGUUGAUGAAUGUAUGGGUGAAGAGAGAUGCCAGUGUGCUGGUGAUAUGCAGAUCGAGUGGAGACAAUAGACAGGAUAUGGUGAGAUGACAGGUGGCCGGUAGCACACAGGGUUUUUAGUGUUUGGAGGACGAGACGGAUGAGGACUGGUGGCUGGCUCACCAAAAAGAAAGGACUGAUCAAAGACGGGGCCUCACUUACUGACAGACACGCGUCACUUCAGUCCCUGGAGAAGAAUUCAGUUCAGUCAGCCUUGGUGGGCUUUCUACAGAAGGUGUUUUUCGUGUCCCAGCUAGCAACAUAGUGCCAAAAUCCAGUUCUUCAGCGACUCAAAUAAAGGAAAAGCAGAUUUAAAGGACCAAAUCAAGAAAAAGCUGAGAGCUGUCCAGUAUUAUUCACGGCGUCAGUAGUUUAGAGCACAGCACAAUUCACUUACAUCACUUAUAAACUUUAACAUGUUCACGCACACGAGAACAGAAGACACAAUGCACUGUUCAAACUCACAACGCAAACCUCGACGAGAGCAGAAAACAAGCAGUCCUUUUAUAAAGGUGGGGCUUUUACAGGUUUUACUGUAAAGUACAGGGUGGAGUGAAUGUGUUUUACAGGAAGGAUAAAUAUCUUUAUCUAAGCUUCUUUCUCAGCAGAAAACUGAAAUCUGGACCCUCACAACGUUCGUGUGUAACAAUCUUCCACACGCUUCAGUCUGAAGGUGUACAUUGUUCGUUUUGAGUGUACAAUUAAUUCACUAAGCCAUUUGUUCAUAUCGUUAAAAAAAACUGUAACAAUGCCAAAUAAUAACAUGUGAACGUAACAGUUAAUUUAAAGCAAAAUGUAUUUAUACCUCAGAUAUGUGUUUGUUUCGUUCAGUUAUUUUAUUUUAUUGUACAUGUUAAGCUUUGUGUUACAGAAAUUAAAACAGGUUUUAUCUUUUUUAUUAUUAUUAUUUCUGUACAGGUUAAUCAAAGUGCACUAUUAAAUGUAUUAAGAUAA